AUGCUUGGUACGAAGAUUGGGAUACUGAUUGGCAAGGAGCCACGACUGGUGCCAACACUAGUGGAGGAGCCUCGACUAGUUAUAGUAAUAUUUUUAAAGGAACCUCAGCAGGAGCUUCUUCAUCAUCAACUACAACAGAAGCAGGCAAAGCACCGCACGGAGGCAAGACCAAGGGGGACAAAAAUGGCGCGUCAACUUCUUAUAGCAGAUAAGGCUUGUGUUUGUGAUUUUAGUGAGGAGUACAAGGAAGUCAGUCUAAACCAGAUUCUUCUUGUAGUCACUCCAGAACUAGGGCCAGAAGUGACAUCUUCCAAGAUACAUAGCUGUACUACCUUCCAACUAUGACUUCUAAGAUUUCGCUUCGAAGGGAUACGAGCAAGAUAGCAAUAAAGGCUAUGGCUACUACGGAGGUUACGAUUACGAGAAAGGAGGAGGUUAUCACAGUAGCGAUUAUCAAGGACACCAGAAAGGCUAUCGUGGGACGAGCAAGGGGUACAAUAGCUAUGUCGGCACGGGGAAAGAUCAACACCAUGGUGGAGCAGGUAAACAUGCAGGUUCGUCCUCAGCAGGGUCAUCGUAUAAAAGCUAUGGUUCUGCUGCUGCCUCUGCUAAGGGUGGAUGUGGCAGCGUUGCUAAAGGAGGAAAUGCUAGCACAUCAUGUUAAGGCAGUUGGAUUUUCUCUAAGUCCAUUCGUUUGAUCUAUCUACUUGACAGCUAUCUUCAUCAGAUGAGAAUGGGUCAACAAGGAAACAAAUCUCAUCAGUCCUCGUGUCGAUCUCUAAUCCCAGAAAGGUUCCUCACACAACAACUACAUCUAUGGCCACUACGGUAGCUCGGCCGCGCAGUAUGGAGGAGGAUCGUCUUCACACCAUGCAGGAGGACAACAACACGAGUACACCUCAUUGUACAAGAGUGGUGCUGCAGCGUCGUACUCUUAUCAUCAUAAGAGCAUGA